GCCAUCAUCAAACCUCGUCUGGCGCCCAGCCCAUCAAGUCAACCAGCCAUCCAGCAGCAACCGUCCACAUCCUCUCCAGCAGCAACAUGAAGUUCUUGUGCGUUUUCGUCGUCCUGGCCAUUUGUUUGGUGGGCUCCUGGGCGGCAGUUUCGGAACCCGCUCCCGAGGCCCUGGAACCGGAGCCUGCCGCCGUGGACGAGAAGAAGACGGAGAAGCGAGGCAUCUACGGGUUCGGCCACGGAUACGGCGGCUACGGCGGAUACGGGGGCUACGGACACGGCCACUACGGCUACGGCCUGGGCAGUCCCUACUACGGCGGCUACGGAUACGUCCACGCGGCGCCCUACUACGGCGGACACCACGGCUACUACCCGUACCACCACGGCCACUACGGGUUCUACUAGGAGGCCCGGCUCCGGCUGCCCACGAUCAUACUGCAUACUGUUUUUUUUCUCGAUCGCUUCAUGCUCAUCACCGCACUAUCAUACGUAUAUACAUACAUAUUUGUUUUCGUGACUCGUUCAGUGGAAAAUAAAUGUCCUGCAAAUAGCUUAA